GAUUACUUAUGGUACAGGUUCUUGUUGAAGUCCACACCGAGGCGUCACCGACCAACUCUCGGUGUACUCCGUGCAGCUGACUAAGCACUUCUGUCCUCGCGCUUGCCACCUUUAGAGUUCGCGACGAGGCUGCGUCUCUGGGUGGAGCCAAUCCAUGGCAGUCUACAGCGACAGUAGCUCAAUCAUCAGCGAAACAACAUAGCGUCCGCGCACGUCGCAUCAAUUAUUUGCAACUUGAGGUGCACACUGCAUUCCCUUCAUAGCUGUUAGUCUGCGCCCUCGAGGUCAUUGUUAUUUCGAGCCCAGAGUUUGUGGGACAAUUGUCGCGGAUCGACCAGACCUUCGUCGCUGCGCGCGCGACCCUGCAUCAACUUGAAUUGGACCAGCUUCGAACCCCUCUUGGAUACUGUGACCGCGUCCGUUGCUUCGGAUUCACGUUUUCACAAUGGCGCCAGGAACUCGACGCGCGAACCGUAGCGGAUACACCGAACACGAUGACUUUGAAGGUCUUCCCGUGCGCCAAUGGCGCCAGGAAUGGGUGAGCGUCGAGCCCCCAGUGCCCGCCGAGACGACGCAGAAGAACGAUAUCUGGGACGUCGAACUCCCCUGGGGCAUGCCCAAGGACGCGGGUCUCCUGCCCCAGCACAGCCAAGACCUCCUCCGCGCCGCGCGAUCGGGCGUCCUCUACAAGAGGCCCGCGCCGACCGAGGAGGAAGAGGCCGACGCCGACGCCGUCCCCGAUAAGCCGGAGAAGAAGGAGGACGAGACGGAGACAAAGGGCUUCCAGAUCAAGGUGUGGAAGCAGAUCAAUCGCAACUCGGAGGGGUCCCCAGUCUCGCACCUGGCGAAGCGCAGGAAGGGUACCGUCACCAUCUCGUCCAAGACGGUCUCGAGCCAGGUUCCCGGCGCGACGGUGACCAAGGCUACUGUGCGACGAGUCGAUGCCGCAGGAAACCCGUAUACGCAGGAGAUUACGCUACAGGAGGGCCAGGCGGUCGAGGGCGAGAUCAUUUCGACGACGGUCGUGGCCGUCGCGGCCGUCGAUCCCGCGCAGCAAGCGCCGCAGCGCGUCCGGCGACCACCACCGCCUAAGAAGAAGAACAAGCCUGGUCCAGGACGCGGCCGCAAGAAGAAGAUCUUGCCUUUGCCCGCACCGGUUGCUGCGCCUCCAGUGGAAGGUGCUCCUGCAGCUCCCAAAGUCGAGGGAGCGGAUGGAGCAGACCCUGCUGUCAAGCAAGAGCGGGAGGACUCGAACAACCCCGAUAGCGAAAUGGCUGACAAUGACGACGACGAGGGCGACGACGACGAUGGUGAUGAUGGCGAUGACGGCGACGAGGAGCAGCGCGACGGCGAGAACACGGAUAGUCAAGAUCAGGAGAUGACCGACGCUUCUCCAUCUGUGCCCACACCGACUGUCGACACAACAGCGGAACUGACCGACCCCGAAUCACCCGUACCAAAGCGCGCUGCGCCAAUGGCAAAUUCCAUCAACCUCGCGCCUCCCAACAUGCACCUGGCAAACUCCUCACCCAAGGGCAGCCCUCUCAAGAAUGUGGUCUUGCCAUCCCCCACGGAACCACCAGCCCAGUUUUCAUCCAUUUCGGAAGCAUUAGUGCCCCCAGUGGAGCCAAAGAGCGAGCCUGUGCAGGCUGACAAGCCCAUGGGAGAGGGACCUGAGCCCACGAAGGAGCCCUCACCUCAGCCGCCCAAUGACUCGUUGGAUUCGCUUCUGCCUGAUCAGCUACCUCCUGCCGAGACUUCAGCGGAACUUCACGAUGCAUCGACAGCACUCCCGCCUGCCGAAAAGGUGGGCGACAUCGUCUCCCCCAUGGCCGAGACAAGAUCAACCUUUUCGUUGGCGACGACUGCAGAGACCGAUGCUUCGGGUACCAGGUUAGAAAGCGGCGAUCAAACCGUGGCCUCGAACGAUGCUGCACAAGACUCGAUGAUGCUAGACGCUCCCGAGGAACGUCAGCCCUCUCCGGUCCCCGAUGCUCCCAAGGCCCCUGAGAUUCCGGGCCUUUCUGAAGCUCUUUCAACCUCGGAGGCACCGCAACCUCCUGCAGAGGAGCCAGCACCCCUCGCUAUGGAGGACAUAUCGGAGAAGAAGGAAGACAGUCCCCUGGUUCCGCCAGCUAGCGCUGAAACUUCCGUUCCGGUUACUGAGGUUGAGCCUGCGGCACCUGUGGUUGAGGAGAUGCCACUUGCGCCCCCAAUGCCUGAGCAACCCACAGAAGCCGUCGCGUCACCGGUAAAGUCUCCGAUCAAAUCGCCAUUGAGAUCGCCUGCGAUUCCGGCAGCGGAGUCAUCAGUCAAAUCACCCGCUCCCGCGUUGGAACCCCCAGCUCCUUUGGAGCCUCCUAUUGUGGAACCUGCCGACAUCCCACCGGAGAUUCCAAUUGAAGUACCCGUCGAAGCAGUCGCCGAGGAGCCAGCCGCCUUUCCGCCGCCAGCACCCAUCGAGCCUCCAAUCGAGCCUUCCGUAGCACCGUUGGCGGAGAUUCCGGUUGAGAUUCCAGUCGAGGCCUCUGCGGACAUUGCAAUGGAGGAAGCACCCGUCAAGAUUCCUGCAGAGAAACCCCUUGAGGCACCAGUCGAAGUUCCAGCCGUCGAGAUCCCCACCGCCGAACCGGAGUCGGUCCCGCCAGCGCCUGCCGAAGUUCCCAUGGUGCCAGAAGAUGACGGCCCUGAUCUGCUCGCCGGUUUGGAGACGGAGCUGGAUCGCCAAGCCGAGAUUAGCAAGUCCCCACUCCCCGAACCGCCUGCGGCCCCGCACCCGGAGCCAGCGGAGCUUCCCGAGAUUGCCAACCCGGUGCCGUUGCCUGAGGUUCCCCCCAUUGAGCCUGAGAAGCCCGCAGGAGAGCCAACAGAGGCGGUGGCUAUUGAGAGUGCUCUGGUCCCGGAGGUUCCCGAAGUUCCAGAGGCAGAGGCGGUUCCUGCAGUAGCUGCUUCCGCGGCUGCGCAACCGGCACCGGCUGAGGAAGCUGUCGCACCCACGGAGACGGUCCCUACGGAGACCGCCCCUGAGGAGGAGCCAGAGAAGAAGGCGGAGGAGAGCUCGACUGAUGCCGUUGUACCUGCAGCCGAUGCCUAGUUCGCGUUUGCUAGAGUGGGUUUGUCGAGGUAUACUACUUGUCCGGGGGUGUUGGAAGCUAUUGGUGUUUGACAAGGCGUAAAAGGGGAAAAGGCAGGUUCAGGCUUGCCUUGCGUGUAAAUUGUAUGAUGGAGUAUUUUACCGUUAGAUGUUUGAUUGGAACACGAACGCCGUUGAAUCGGCAAAUAUGCCCCACUAUGGUUUUUGCUUCACUUUUUACUACUGCUCUUUCCGAAACCGAUGCCUUGAUGCUUGGAUUCUUUUCAGG